AUGGCGUUGAUGAACGUUGUGUUCUGUGUGGCGGCAGUCCUGACUCUCUGGUCAACUGGUCAUGUGUCAGCUCUUGUAACGGUGAAACACGUAUCCAGCAUCUACCUGCCCUACAACCUAACCAGCGACGGUCCCAAGUACAACCUGUCCUCUGACGCCGUGGAGCAGAACACUUACGAUGUCAAAGAAAAGAUAAUUUACGCAGCAGGUUACGAAGUGCUCCAUGUCAUUGACUGUGCGGACGCCAGCAAUAUGAAACUUCUGUACACCAAGUUCAUUGCAGGCUUUGACCUAACAGACAUAGAAGUCUGUGGUGACGUCGUCCUCGUCUCGGCUGACAACCAGGACAGUCGACUGGACGGGCAGCUUAUGGUCUUCAAGAAACACAUAAGGGGAAGCACCGUCGAGAUUGAUUUGUUGAAGAGUGUUCCAGUUGGAGCUAAACCAGACAUGAUCUACCCGCUAGAGGGCUGCAAGAGUGUCCUAGUGGCUCUAGAGGGCGACGCAUUCUUUGACGAUACUGGCAAGUUUAUUGACCCGGAAGGAGGAGUGGCCAUUGUGAGCUGGCCCAACGGCCCACAAGACAGUGCCCAAUCAGUGAAAACCAUCGAUUUUAAGGCCUUUAACAGCAAAGUAGCGGAGCUGCUGCCCAGUGGGGUCAGAUACGUUUAUCAGGAAAACAACACUUUCAGCGCAGACUUGGAGCCAGAGUAUAUUGCCCUUGACCCCGCCAACAAGAAGGCUUACGUCUGCUUACAG